AUGAUGGCGAUCAGAUCAGCGGUUGGUCUUGGAGUGACACCGGCGCUCCGCCAGCGCGCGCUACACACGUCUGCGCGUUGGCUCGAAGAAGCGGCUCUGAACCGCGCGGAACGACUGAAAUCUCGGUUUUGGAAGACAGUGUCGCUGCAAGCGCCGUCGUCGCGCGACUCUGGCUAUCAGAUCCUGCUGGACGGUCGACCAAUUCGCACACCGUCCGGUUCAGCUAUUGUAAUCCCAGCGAAUCGCGAAUUGCUCGCCACGUGCAUAGCACAGGAAUGGUGCGAACAGGGAAAGCUUCUGAAACCACACACUCUCCCCUUAACCAGUCUAGCCGCUAGAGCUCUCGAGGGCUGUUCGAACGGCCAAGAGAGCAGCCAAAUCCAGACGGAUCUACUGAGGUAUUUGGAAAAUGAAACCGUCUGUUUCCAGGAAUCUCGACCCAAGUCGCUGGUCGAGCUACAGUCUCUGCACUGGGACCCGCUCCUGUCGUACAUCAACUCGACGUACAACACGGCGAUCAAACCGUUCCAGGGUCUCCUCGGAGGCCAACAUCCGCAUGGAACGCUCGACAUCUUUCGAAAUCAUCUGGCAGCACUCCACCCUUUCGAUCUCGCCGCUUUCGAACGCAGCGUCCUGCUCACCAAAAGCUUCCUGAUCAGCGUAGCCCUGGUCAGUGGUAAGUUGAGUGUCCAACAAGCGGCACAGGCUGCAGAGGUCGAGGUGCAAAGCCAAAUCAACCGCUGGGGAAGCGUAGAGGAUAGCCAUGAUGUAGACCACGCUCAGAUGCGCACGACACUCGGAAGCGUCGCUAUCGCCACCGUACGUAAUUAG